CAACAGUCAUUAGGUGAGGCAAGACCAGUCACAGUCUGUAGAGCUAAACAUUGAAGAUACCAUGAUCUCUGUCCACUCGGUCCUCUUUACUCUGGUGCUGUUCUCUGAGCUGAGCAGCCACUUGGUAACUGCAGCCAUGCCUGCAACUAAAGUAGAAGAUGGGGUAAUAGAGCAAGAUGGCCUGGGUUCGUUACUGGUCGACGAACCCAUGACUGAGCAUGGCAUGGUUCCUCCCGUGUACAGACGACGCCUCGUGGUAGACAACAACGACAGGGAUGAAGAUGGGAACCCUAAAAUCAUCAUGGUCUCGGACAUGAGGCAAAAGGGACGCAGUGUUCAUGUGCUGAACUCGGCCUUUAGCCGAAGCCUUCCUCUGCUCACAGAACGAAUCUUGAGCCACACUCCUGCUGAGUACAGUUUGAAAAUAGAUCGCAGAAACACUGACCUCGACAUGCUGCGAUGUAUGAUAGGAAGAGUGUACCGACCCUGCUGGGAAGGUGCUUCCCUUGCUUGAAUGUGCUGUAAAAAAUUUUUCCUCCUGUGUUAACACUGAAAUGCAUUUCCUUGAAAAAAAUAAGAGAGUGCAAAUAUGUAAAACAAAAUAAAAAUUUAUUAAAAAUGAAAAGCCUGCA